AUGUACCCGUCCGUCGCGCCAUUUCACCCGGUUCAACCACACCACCGCACACACGAUCUUCACGCGUACGAUGCGAAUGACCCCCUCCGAAACGACCCCAAACUUUUUUUCAAUCCGAUGUCUCGAUCCCGAUUACAACUACCUCAUCCUGUCCAGCGACUUGAUAGCCGCGAUGCGUCCGGCUCCAGCUCCAGCGCGAACGUGGAACACACCUUGAGAAGGAAGACUCCCAACGGAACUCUGGCUGCGGGGUACGAUGGAACACCCAUUGAUACCAAUCAACUUCCGGCAUCCAAACAUAUCCUGGUCACGCCGGAAUCGGGCCAGUUCUUCCCUCACCCGGCCAUGCAGUCGGAGAAUUGGCACAGGUCGGACCAGGCAGCCUCGAAUUUCCCACCCGUCUUCAAAAACGAGCUGGCUGGCAAUGCGAUUCCAAGUGAGGUAGUUCAAGAUGCGAAUGGAACAAGUUGGGUUCGUCCAGUGAACUAUCCACCGGGAGUCGAUUCGAUGUUGAAUCAGAGCUUGCCCUUGCAAGGAAACCAGCGUAUGCUCUUGCACAAUGGGGCCUAUAUACCCACGGUCCUACCUGCCACUUUGCAGUCGUGUCUCGGGCCGACUGCUUCGGCAGGUACUGGGCCCUUUGGCCCAUACUGGCCUGAUGGUGUGUAUAUCCCAUACCGCCCGGCUGCGUUUCGCGAUGCUCGAUUCGAAUCCCCGACGCCCUUUCCAAAACAGUUGGCCACCCCCGGCCAGCCUUAUUACGAGUUGAACCAGCCCGUUUUUAAUCAACCUCAAGCUCCGCUGGUCAGUCAUUCUGACUCGGGCUUUCCAUGGGGUCACUCCAUGCCUGGGUUGCCUAAUCCAGAUUCUUUGAUGAAGACUCACUUUCCACCACGACACUCCGAACAAUUACCCUUUCACGCUCGCGCCAAUCGCCCUCUACCAUCAAUAUCACACCAACCACUUAAUAAUGACACAGCUUGGCCCAACCGGCAGCCUGUUCAUGGGUUCCAACCACCGGAACCUGCAACUGCAGCAAAUGCAGAGUUCAAAGAAAAGGUUCUAUCGUGGGCCCAUGGUGUCUACGUUGACCUCCUCGCAACGAUUCACCAAGCCCGCCGUAACAGCAUGUCUAACGGGACCGCGGACGGUCACCCUCGCAUCAUGAAACCUAGCAUAUACCCCAAACCACCGAGGCAACCGGGCCUUGACUUUUCUCAAGCCCAUGCCCCGGACCUCACACGUCAUAAUAGCUAUCCAUCAAGCCAAUAUGACUCACAAAGGCACAAUAUCGAUGCCAUGGGCAAUCAGAGAUCCAACGACCCUACACAUGCCGCACCUCUCCGUGGGCAUGCCCGCCGCCCAUCCUUGAAUCAAUUUGCCCAGAACCGGUCCGAUACCCACAUGCUCGGAAUUCGCGACACUGGGGCUCCGGGUAUAUCGCCAUUUACGCGAGCUCGUGGGUCGUUGUUCAACGAGGGCUCGCCCAUGUCAAAUGCAGCAACCGCUUUGGAUAUGCUCUCCCAUCUAUGCGGGGAAAGUCAUUGGGAGUGGAUCGAUGGAAUGCUUCUUGGAGGCUGCUUGGCCUAUGGCUUGGGUGAUUACAACAAAGCCACGCGAUGGUACUCUAGGAUCAUCACCCGUGACUCAACACAUGUGGAAGCCAUCUCCAAUCUUGCUGCCACCCUCCUGGCACUUGAUCGUCGGGAAGAGGCAUUGCAGAACUGGUUACGAGCAGUGAAACUGCGCCCGAGCUUUUUCGAAGCCGUUGAGCAUUUGAUAGGCUUACUGUGCAGCAGUCAACGAGGAAAGGAAGCUGUUAAUAUAAUUGACUUUGUUCAAAAGUCUCUGCGCCACCCGAAAGACGGCGAUUGUUUCAAGACCGACGAACACGCAAGUGAGCCCGAAAGCGAUGCGGAAAGCACUCACUCUGACGUGAACAUGUUUGACAAGGCAUCGUUUGACUAUGAUGAUGACAUGGGGAGACCUCAAUUAGCGCCAGGCUCUCCAGAUGCAAAGCCUAUUGGUUUUGCGACUAGUGGGUAUGCAAUUGCAGGCACCGAUAAUGGCAGGAUGCUUGCCUUGGUUCAUGCCAAAGGAAACAUGUUGUAUGCCCUUGGAGAUAAUGUCGCCGCUGCUGCGGCGUUUGAGGAUGCUGUUCUCAUCGCAGCUGGGCGAAGACGCCAUGGUAUCCAAAGCAUCAUCAAACAAAUUUUUGCUGCAUUCUCCGGGCCAAACAAUGGCAUCCCCCAGUCUGAGCACGAGUCCAAGGAAAGCAUCUUGCUGUAUCCAGAUCGAGCUUUGAAGACCGCCAAGCUUGUUUUCCCCGGAGGAGGCAUACCGCCAGGAUUGCAGUAUGUCCCUGAAGGCAUGGCCCGCAACGCGGCGACUUCGACGACUAGCAACUCCCUUCUUUCCUUGGCAAAGAUUUACCAGGAUGGCAUGUCUAAUGUUUCCUCGUCAGGAGCACCUAGGUCCUCACCUGGCGUGCGAGACAUCCUAGCCCUGUACUAUCUCUCCCUUUCCCUCCAACCCAGCCCAUCAACCGCCAACAACGUUGGAAUUUUGUUGGCUGGUAUUCAGAAUAACCCGCCAGCCAGGGGCUUGGUGCGCCCGAAUGGCGAGGUUCAGCACCCCGAAAUUCCAGGCGUCAUGCCUGGAAGUGGAGUCUCCCUCGCUUUGGCUUACUAUAAUUAUGGUUUGCACCUAGACUCGCGGCAUGCGCAUCUUUAUACCAACCUUGGCAGUUUGCUCAAAGACAUCGGGCAGCUUCAUGCUGCUAUCAAGAUGUAUGAGCAGGCAGUACAGUGUGACGGCAAUUUUGAUAUCGCCCUGGCCAAUUUGGCUAAUGCCGUCAAAGAUGCUGGGAAAGUCAACGAUGCAAUCGUAUAUUACAGACGCGCCGUCAAGGUCAAUCCCGAAUUCGCCGAGGCGGUUUGCGGACUAGCCAACGCCUUGAACUCGGUUUGCAACUGGGUUGGCCGUGGCGGGGUCGCCAAUACCCGUGGGUUCCGCGAUAGAUGGCAUAUCAAUGAAAAAGGAAUGCUUCGAGACUCCGUCAAGAGCGAUGUAGGAUGGGGAUGGAUUCAGCGAGUCGUUGACAUUGUCGAACGUCAGCUCAAGGAAGGCGAAUCUUGGGGCCGUGGCAUGUUGACUGCCACUACGGCAGAACAGCUGUCUGUACAGUUGGCCCCAGCUUUGGAGUCCACCCGUUUUGCCGGUGCGCAUCGAGUGUCUUUGGCAAAACUGUUUCAGUCUUGGGCGGGACAAAAAUGGGAAGGAUCCCGGAUCGUGCGCCUUGUUGAGCGUGCGAUUCGGUCACUUACCUGGCAAUGGUAUCAAGAUCGUUAUAUCUACGGCAAAGACUAUCCUGCUGCAAAGUAUCGCCGGCCCCAGCUGCCUGGGGCUCUCUCUGCUCCAAACGCCCCUACAGUUCUCCCUUUCCACACUUUCACUUGUCCAUUGUCGGCGAAACAAAUUCGCCAGAUCUCCCAGCGGAACGGGUUGCGGAUCUCAACCUCAACCUUGCGACUGCCUUGGCUUCCUCAGACAGUCUUCCCUCCGCCUGCCCCGCCUGCUCCAUACCUUCGUGUAGGGUAUGUGUCAUCUGAUUUCAACAACCAUCCCCUUGCACAUUUGAUGCAAUCGGUCUUUGGACUCCAUGACCCUUCGCGGGUCAAAUCAUAUUGUUACGCUACGACGGCAAGUGAUAAAUCCGUCCACCGACAACAGAUCGAGAAAGAAGCACCUGUAUUUCAUGAUGCUAGUGCAUGGCCGGUCGACCGGCUCGUCCAGCAGAUUGUCGAGGAUGGAGUUCACAUUCUGGUCAACUUGAACGGCUACACUCGAGGAGCCCGUAACGAAGUCUUUGCCGCUCGCCCGGCUCCCAUUCACAUGUCUUUCAUGGGAUUUGCCGGCACUCUUGGUGCCGAAUGGUGCGACUAUAUACUUGCUGACCAGCUCUCAAUUCCCCCGGAAACACUGAGCCCAGGAAGACGCACCACGCGGAUCGAGGAGCGACCAUUGGAAGAAGACAACGGAGAGGACCUGGAAGAUUGGGUCUACGGGGAGAAGAUUGUCUUCACCCGUGAUACUUUCUUCUGCUGUGAUCACCGACAAAGUGCCCCAGACGCGGGCGAAACGCACGUUACCUGGGAAGAUGAAAAAGCCCGGCGCUGGAGAAUGCGCAAAGAAUUAUUCCCCAAUCUGAGUGAUGAUACCAUUAUCUUGGGUAAUUUCAACCAGCUGUACAAGGUCGGUCCCCAUUCAACCCCACGUAUCAAACUUACCCACCUAACGCAUGGACAGAUUGAACCCACGACAUUCCGAACAUGGCUGCGGAUCCUCGCACGGAUUCCCAAGGCCAUUCUUUGGCUACUCCGUUUCCCAGACCUGGGUGAACAGAAUCUACGCGACACUGCCAAAGCGUGGGCCGGAGAAGAGACUGCAUCACGAAUCAUUUUCACAGACGUGGCACCCAAAAAUACCCACAUCGCCCGAGCAAAGAUUUUAGAUUUAUUCCUUGACACGCCAGAAUGCAACGCCCACACGACAGCAACAGACGUUCUUUGGAGUGGCACGCCACUCCUAACCCUCCCACGAUACAAAUACAAAAUGUGCUCCCGAAUGGCGAGCAGUAUCCUCAGCAGCGCAUUGCCCAAUUCUGAUGCCGGGCAGCGCGCUCGUGAAGAGCUCAUCGCAUCCUCGGACGAAGACUACGAAAACAAAGCGAUCAAGCUAUGUUACGACCUCCAACAUUCCUCCACUGGUCAAGGUCGCGGUCGACUCAUGGAAAUCCGACAGAUGCUGUUCCGCGACAGAUACAGGAACAAAUUGUUUGAUACCGCACGGUGGGUGCGUGAUUUGGAAGACGCCUACGAGGCUGUUUGGGCGCAGUGGGUCAAAGGCGAAGAAGGCGAUAUCUGGUUAUGA